AUGCCGGUUUAUUUUGUGACUUGUAUGUUUUCCAUUUGCCUCCGAGUAGGGUUAAGAGAACGUCUGAAGAGUGGCCAAGACAUCAUAGUAGCCGAGGGCUAUUUGUUAGAACUAGAGAGGCGAGGCUAUUUACAAGCCGGAGCAUUUAUUCCGGAAGUAGUUUUAGAACAUCCAGAGGUCGUCAAAGCUCUUCACGAAGAAUUUGUGCACGCAGGAAGUGACGUAGUAGUGGCAUUUACCUAUUAUGGUCAUCGUGCGAAGCUCAAAGUCAUCGGUCGUGAGGAUGACCUGAUGGAACUUAACUUACGUGCCCUGAGGAUGGCCAAAGAAGUGGCAGUCAAAACUGGCACCUUGAUGGCAGGGGAUAUCUGUAACACCACUGUGUUUCGCAGGGACGAUCCAAAUUCCGUAGAGGAGGUUAGGGAGAUAUUUCGGGAACAAAUACAAUGGGCUGUACAAUGUGGGGCAGAUUACAUGAUUGCAGAGCGAUUCCAUGAGUUUGCCGAGGCCAGGUUGGCACUUGACUGUAUCAAAGAAUAUGGAAAUGGCUUGCCAGCAGUGGUGACAUUGGCACCGCAUGAAAAAGACGAAACAAAAGAUGGUCUUUCUUUUCCGGAGGCCUGUAAACUUUUAGAGGAGGCAGGUGCAGAAGUGGUGGGCCUUAAUUGUUGUAGAGGUCCAACCACAAUGCUUCCUCUGCUAAGAGAAAUUCGGAAAGUAUGCAAGGGACCUAUUGCUGCACUCCCAGUUCCGUAUCGAACGACCCCUGAGGAACCCACCUACGAGACUUUGGUUGAUCCUGAUACAGGCAAGUCUGCAUUUCCCGUUGACCUCCCGCGAUUUUUCUGCAGCAUAACACAGAUUGCAGAGUUUGCAAAGCAGGCUAGAGAAAUUGGUGUGCAGUACGUGGGUCUGUGUUGCGGAAACGCUUCACAUUACACUCGAGUAGUGGCGGAGGAAUACAACAGACGGCCGCCUGCCAGUAAAUAUGCACCAGAUAUGUCAAAGCAUUACAAGUUUGGAGCGAAGGAGUUUGUAAAGAAACACCAUGAUUUGUGAUGCCGUAAUUGACUGCUUUAUUACUCCCAAACUUUUUUUGUGAAAUAUAUUUCAUGAAGUGAUUUGUAUUAUGUGAAGGUUCUUUUCAUAUACAUUCCUCAUAUUACCCGGUAUUUCAAUGAGAUUCUCGACUGCUUACUCUAGAUAGUAUAAAGCUUAGAUAUAAACUAGAGUGUUCCAAGGAACGCAGCAUGUGUCGCCUGCUUUAUGGCAUCAUUAAAGUAGUCCGAAAUAUCUGAGUUUUCCAGGCCUUUUUACGAUUUUUGUAUUUAUACGUGCCAGGAAAACGUCAGAACCCGGGCGCCGUUAUGAAAACUGGAAAUUUUGCCGUCCCCAACCGGAGCUGAUUUCGAUACUUGCGAACCAAAUUAAUUGCCGAACUCACAUCUUAUCAAUAGCAAAAUGCUUCUAGU